UUAUUGUCUUAUCCACACUCGAGAUUCUGAAUUGAGAAAGAUCUUGGAAGCAAAAAACAAGAAAAAGAAAAGAAAACUUAGUGGACAACAGGAUGAGCAUGCUAGACCACCAACAUCAAAACCAAAUCCAGGUCGCCCAGGCGUAAGAACUUAUACAAAAAGACCAAAAGUAAUCGACCUAGGUAGUGUAUUCAAUAGUAAAGUCAUUAAUCAUAGACAUAUGCCUUUUAUAUUAUUUUAUAUUACCCAGAAAUGGUGGCAAUGAUAGAGAAAACACAGUGAGAAAUCGCUCGAAUCCUCCCAUAUGGUCUUUUAUAAGUCACCAAGAUUGUCACCUAGUUCCCUCGCCUUGCAUAUCUCUAAUAAAAUUUGAGUUUCAAUUUCACAUAAAUACUGUGUUUCAAUGGAUUUAGUACACACGUGCCAAAGGUGAUAUCGCUUUUUAGCAUAUACUGGGGAGGUGGAUAAUGCUUUUCACGCAAUUUGAUUGGUUGCUCAGCUCCGGAUAUCAUUGCACUAUUCACCUCCGGAUAAAAACAAAAUGGCGUUCCAUUUCCUUCCGGUUUAUACAGACUAUUACGAGAGCUGAAAUACAGAUUAUUUUAAAACUAUUUUCCGAAUUUUCGUCGUUUUUUUGGUCAUUUUUGUUUUGAUGUGGUAUAUGCUAAGACAAUUAUUCACCUCGGUGUCUGUGAGUAAUGCAAGGAUAUUCAUCUCAACGCUUCGCGUUUUAGUGAAUAUAUGUUAUUCACUUCCACUUCGGUGAAUAAUUGUUAAUUAUUCUACAGUACAUAUACCAUUGAAAUGAAUAUAACAUAUACUGUACUGUAUCACUGAUUCAUAAGCAAAUAAUUUGUUGCGAGUUUGAUAUAUUGGACUUUUCCCAUGAGUAUGAUUUCCCAUGGGUUUGAUAUAUUGGGCUUUUCCCAUGUUCUUACUUCAGUUGUUUGUAUUUUUAAUAGUUAAGUGUUGUGGUGACCACAACAAAUUUUAUGGUACGAAUUUAUUAUUUAGGUGCGGAAUACAGACGAGACGAUGUUUUAAGAGUCGAGAGUUCAUGGCAUGGUGAUUAUGAAAGUGAUUCUGAAUCGCUCGAUAAUGAUGUGGAUGAUCCAUUAAGGUCAGGAAUUACACCUGGGGCCGGUUGUUCGAAAGGGCGUCAACGUCGCCAACCACCGUUUAACUCGCUAUCCGCCGGAUAAAAUUUAAACGUUUGAUAAUUUGCGUUGCACAAAGCCCGUUUAGCGCUAUCCACCGGUUAAAUUUCGGCUAUCCGACGGAUAAAGUUUAUAAACAGUCUCGUGAGACCGUUUAAAUCGCUAUCCGGCGGAUAAAAUCGAGGUUUGAAGACAAAACAAUGGGUAUUUCGGAUGAAAAAGGGUGGGAUAGAAAUGCAAAAAUCCUGUUGAGUAUAGUUACCUUUUUAAAUCCAAUGACUUUGGAAAGCCAAACAAUAUACAAAUAUUAGACAACAAGACGCUGAAAUUUUGUUCGCUCGCUUCAUUGCUUUGAUCAGCCAAUCAAAACUUGGGGUAAAAUGUUCUUAAAAUGUUUCAAAAAAUAAAAACUGAAAAAAUACAACACAACUCACAGUUAUGGCUAUUGCCUUCGGCUUUUAGCAUAAAGAAGCAAGAAAUCUUUAAAGAAAUAUGAAUAAGGAAAUGAAAAACUCAGUAUUAUGUGAAAAUGAGAAGUUUGAUAUACAGUAGUAUUGCAAAGAAUGGACGAGAAAACUCCAAAUAUGAAUAACAACAAACUUUAUUAUACAUUUAGUAUGAUUCUCGUUCCUGAUUGGUCAGAGAGCACCGGAUAAUUAACAAUUAGACAGCGAAGCCGAGUUGACUAUUCGCUCAGAGACAACGAGGCUGAGUUGUCUAAUUGUUUUAGUAUAAACCACAUAAAGAAAACGGAAUUUUUCACUUGAUUUAAAUGUAAAAUAAUAACUUUUUAACGAAAUGAGCUUUUAAAUGGCUUCUUUUGGCGACAUUUCGCCUCGGCUUUGCCUUUGUUGACAACUACUCAGUGUUGCGAACUCCCAAGAAUGACUUGAAAAAUACAACUUGUCAGUUUUAAAAAACUUUAAAAAACAUGUCGUAAAACAGUGUAAUAGUAGGAGACCGUUAUUCAAACAAAGUUUGGUUAAUUAAAAGAAGGAAACAAGGCUUAAACAGUCCAGAAUUUUGAACACAAAAUGGCUUCCCGAAUUGUUACUAACUUAGUAAAUAAACUUUACGUUAAAAAGCCGAAUAGAAAUGCACACACAAAAGAAUCCGAUUAUCCGAAUGUCGUUGCAUGAAAUCUUUAAAAUAUCUGGAACAUAAAGAGGCAAACCAUUUCCAUAAUCUAGUAUACAUAGACAAUAGUUUAGAUAAUUAGAUUAAAAUUUAAUUGAAAACUGACUCGACUUAAAAAGGUUCGAAAAGGCGAAAAACAAACUCGGCCAAAAUGUCAACAUCUAAACGAAAAAAACUCUUUAAAAUGAUAGCUAAAUACAUGAACUCGUACUUAAAACAAGCACACACUAAAGAGCUCAAGGUUGAGAAAAUAGUGGUAAAUAGGUACAAAGUAUUGUUGAAUUUCAACGCUUCUGCUCUGAAUAUUAACAAACAUUGUGCAUAUAUUUUAAAAAAUCGCUUGUCACUUUCAUGUUCAAAACGACCAAAGUUGAGAAAACUUUAAAAUUUUACCGCAUGUGUCAGCAGUUUCCAAGAGUCUUUGUUUGUGUGUAAUCCAGAACCAAAAUUAGGCCAUUUUGAGAAGCUUUUUCCCUUUUAUGCAGCUUUUAAUACUUAACAACGGCCAUUGACUCUCGCGCCCUUAGCCGCUUGUUGCUACUAAUAGGCUAUCACUAAUAGCCUACUAGUAGCGUAGCCAAUCAGAACGCACGAUACAUGAUAGCCUACUAGUAGGUUUAUACUAAUUCUCAAUAUCCGCUACUUAUUAUAUGGCAAGCAUUUGUUUUGAUGAAUCGUGCAAUUUGAUUGGCUGCUGACGAGGCAGGAUUUUCCCGUAUUGCCCACGGGCAAUACGCAAUUUUUAUUGCCCUGCGACGAGAGCAGAGUUUCAAACGGCAAAAAGAGUCUAAAAGUCUUUCAAACUAUUCAAAACGAAGAAAAAUAAACCUAAACUAAAGAAAGGAGCACCUUCUGUGGUUAAAGAACUUUCUCAAUAUGUUUUUGUUAGCGAAAGUCGAAAUUACAAGGUAAAUUUUACAAUGUUUAUAACUAUUAAACCAGUCAGGAAUAGCUGUGUUUUGACUUUGUGAAGAGCUGCAAAUUUUAUUUGCAGAUAGCCGAGGAAUUUGACACCAUCCUAAAUAAAAACUACAACUAAAUCAGCCACAGAUUUAUAUUUUUUUCCUGAAAAUUUCUGUUUUUGCUCGAUAAAAAGAGACAUAUUUAUGAGAUGAAGCGAACUAAAAACGUACUUGUCCAUACUGUUUAUUAAUUUUAUUGUUUUCAUAUUUGUAAUUGUCUUUGUCUUUGAUUAAAUGACGAAAUACCUCGUUUUUUUCUUGAAAUACUAUCCAAACUGUGUUACUAUUGUAUAUAAAAAGAGCUGUGGAGUAGUUUUACUAACCAAGAGAACAUUUUUUACAAUUGUUCUUUUUUGCAAAUGUUUCGGACUUUGUACUUUGCCCUCGCGUGACUUUUUUUUCCAUUUUUUACAAACGUACAAUGCCAUAUAAUAAAAAACUUACUGACCUCAACCGUUCGGGCAGUACGGGAAAAUAUCCAACCUCGGUCUUGCUGUAUUGACCUCGCUAUCGCUGGGUCAAUACAGCAAGACCUCGGUUGGUUAUUUUCCCGUACUGCCCUCACUCUCGGUCAGUAAGUUAUUAUUAUUACGUAAUUUCAGCUGCUGACGUACUCAGCGUCCAAUAAUAGUUUUUUUGGAUCGAACUUACAUCCCAAAAAAAUAUUGGACGCUGUCGUGCCCAAGCCCCGGUGCGGCCAACAACUCAAGCCCAAAAGCGCGCGAAAAUAAAAUAAACAAAAUGGCUCACAGUAGAUUUGCUUUUGAAACAUUAAUAAACUUCAUUAAUCGUUUUAUACGUUUCUGAUGUCUUUAAAUGUAUAAUAAAACAAUUAGGGACCGGUCAUUAUUUAUGGCAGGGGUGGGGGCCGAAGAGAAAAUGGUGGGGUAACUGAAAAAAAUAGUUGCUUUAGGUGGGGUGGCCAAAAAAUCCUUGCAUGCAGAGGUGGGGUAAAAAAAAAAUAACCUUACUUUAAUCACACACAAUACAAUAUAUACUACUAUCAGAGUUAAUAUGUGAUUAUUCUAAUUUUUUAAUAAAAUAUUAUUGCUUUCCAAAAUGUUGACAGAAACACCCCCCUCAACCCACCCGUAAAGGGUCAUUUUUAUAUUCAUUUACACACAAAAUCUCAAAGACUCCAAUUACCAGACAAAAUAUAUACUGCCUAUAUAUAGGGGCUGUUUAUAUGGUGCAACUGCAAGCCAACCCCAGGGUACCCAAGCUAGCCCAGUUUUGGCAAGAUCCUGCCUUUGUUGUUAUUUCUUACUAAAGUUCACCUUGUGUAUAUAUGGGUAAAGAGCGGGCCCAGCUAUAGCUAAGCGAGAUCCCGCCCCUUUAGCCUGAGAUCUUGCUUCAGGAAAAGUGACCUUAAGUCUGUAGCCCCUAACCCCGGGCAUCCAGCCUCACCCCCAUAUAAACAUCCUCUUAUUACAUAUCUCAAAAAGUAUAUGUACAGUCUAUUAAAUUUUCAGGAUUUAAUUUUUGGGCAUCUACACUUGAUACUGCAUAACUAAUAUUUAUAUCCAGUAUGUGCUUGUAAAAACCAUGUGGACAAUUCAGGUAGCAAAUCAUGAAAUAUGCCCCAUGCCCCUUGUGAAUCUGGAGAAUCAUUCCAAUGGCUAGUUCACAAUAUGUUCAACUCUAGCCUUUGGCAACUAGCUGUUUUUCUUUACUAGCAGAUCAUGUAUACAUGGAUAAAAUAAGAGAAAUCUAUUUACCCGUUUUACAGAUUAAUUUAAUUGUUUAUAUAAUCAUACUUGGAAUUCGGAUGAAUAUCUUUAUCUUCACACUGUAUAACAGCAACUUUUUCUCAUUAAUUUACAGUAACUUUCUAAAUUCAGAUAUUCUCACAUGGGACAAAUACUUUAGUAUCGUUGUAUUGUUUACGAAUUAAAAUAUUAAAUUGAUUUCAUAAACUUCAAGAAUUCCUUGGGAAUUCUUAAGGAAUUCCUUUAAAAUUCCGUGAUAAUACAUGUGAUUGUCUAUAGUAAGGAAAUAUUAAAGGAAUUUCAGAGGAAAUUUUAGAAUUUAGAUAGUUGCAAUCAUGGGUGAGCACAUAUUUUGUGAAACUGUUUCAAAAUAAAAUUGCAUUUUAAUUAAUAAAGAAAUGCAAGAAUGUGAAAGAAACCAAAUUAUAUACAGUGAAACUUUAAAGUGGGAAAGAGAUAGGGUGGUGAAAUACGGUUAGUGUUCUAAAAUAUUGAAGCAUAUGGUUAAUAUAUGUUUAUGGGACUAGCAUUUGCACUAUCUCGUGAAAAGGGAAUAUAGCGUUGAAUACAAACUAUAAAAACCCAUUCAUAUUUCAAUUUUACAAGUAGACAAAUUUUAAGCCUUCAGAUAACUAUAAUUCUUUAUAUAGUACCUUGCUAUUGUAGGGGUAACCCAUAAUAUAAAGGCAUGACUGUUAGUGUGCUUUAAUUACUCCACAAGAAAUAAGGGGCAAGGGAUAUUGGUAAACAAGUAUUACCAAUCAAUCCUAUUCCCUUUUAAUUAUAAUGUCCACUGUGGUCAAAGCACCCUAUAAUAAUUAUUAUUUACUCUCUAACAGCAGAUGAUCUUACUCAUCAAGGGCAAUUUUGUACCUUGAUGAGUAAUACGCAUACAAAAUACUAAACUGUUUCAUUACAUAUUUUAUGUCUGAACCUUUGACAUUGCAACAAAAUAGGUUUGGGUGGGGUAAAAAAAUUUUCUGGCAUUCCACCGGUGGGGUAGCUAGAAAUUUUGUUUCGAACAAGGUGGGGUAAUGUUUUUUUCCGGCUUCAUUAUACUUUCUCUUCGGCCCCCACCCCUGCCAUAAAUAAUGACCGGUCCCUUACUCAACAGUUGACAUUGGCAAGAAUUAUACUUGAUGUGUAUGGAUUGAGAAGUGACAACAUGAGGAUAUGGCGUCCAAAACGUUAUGCAUAUCUUGAUUAUAUGGGUGAUAAAGAUGAUUGUCAAGCUAUCAUUGUGACAUCCCAGUUUAUAUAUCAAUAUACUCGGCAGUGCUGUAGAAGUGGGGGGUCGCUUGGGGGCUGAGCCCCUCUUCUUGAAGCUCUGGGGGGGGGGGCUGAGCCCCCUCCCUUCUACUUUAGAAAAUCGAGAAUUAAUUAAGUUUCGACUAUCUAUAACAACAUAGUUUCAUAACCACAUCAGUGUUUCCACUCCCAAAAAAAUAAUUUCCUUCUCCAUAACCCGAAAUUUCCUUUUUUUCCACAAAAUUUCCUUCCAAAAAUCUCUAAAUAUCCUUCCAUUUUUCCUUCAAAAUUUUUAUCAAAAUUGACAGAUUUACCUGGUAAUUAACAUCUAAACUCUAGUAUUGAAACACAUUAUAUUAAUUUAUAGCAGAUAACUUUGUAUUUUGCCGGUUAAAAUCAGCUCAUAUUCACCCCCGCGGGGGACAAAAAGCAUAAUAAUUGGGGCUACUUGCUGUGGGUGCGAAAAGAGAUUCCAUAACUGUUUCUUGCAUCUCUGCCACGCUAAGCAGCCCCCCCCCCCCAAGUAGAGUCUGAAAAAUAAUACCCUGGGUACGAGGUUUGGUUGUUAUUUCAAUAUAGCGAUUCUGGGGUUCUGUUGCCAACUUUGGAAAAAAAAACCAUCUGUGAGAUGUCGCUUUGGGGGGCCCACGAGGCGCCACCAUGGUUGGCGCCGAGCGAAAAAUUUUAAAAAUAUGGAGUCUCUAGAUCGUUGGAAAUGGCAUUUUCAGAGUCUUUUUUUGCAUAAAAUUGUAUGAAAAUUGCCUUAUUCUUAGAAAUUAUGAGAUAAAAUAGAUUUCCUUCUCAUUUCCCUCCUUAUAACAAUAUUUCCUCCCAAUUUCCUUCCAAAUGCUAUUUCCUUCCAAAUUUCCUUCCAAAGGCCCAAAUUUCCUUCUGGACGGAAAUUUCCUUCCAAAUGGAAACGCUGAAUCACAUGCUUGCAGAAAAGAAAUUUUUUCGUCUUGGCAAACUUCAAGAGGAGUUCCAAGAGCAUGCACCUACAGAAAAUAUAAUGUUGUAAUCUAGGCUCUCUAAAAGGGCAUUCUCGUGUUGAAAGCAAUAUUUUACGCAUUCGCUAAGCUUAUUCAUAGUGACACAAACCUACAGUUGACGCCAACAUUUCUUCGUCCAUUAUGUUUCAUGCCAAGACAUGUCAGAGUUUGUCAUACAAACUUAAAUUGUGGUUUUGAAAACUUUGGGUUUGGAAAAGUCAUGUGGUACCAGCAAAAUGUUAGUACGCAGAUAGCAAGAGUUCCGUGUACCUACGUGGUACUUGCAUGGUUGAAAACAAAGAAGUACCAGACCGUAAUAUUGACGUACUUUCGGUACGUAAGUACGUGAAUUAUCGCACUCUGUCAUCCUUAUCCCUCCCUAUCCUCAUCUUUACUGUUAUUGCUGUUAUAAUUAUUAGUACCAUAACUUUGCUUGGUUGUAGGGAAUUAUCAAAAUCUUCAUUUUUUUGUUAUUUCACCUUUUAGAACAAAAAGCCAACUUCGUUCAAAGAAUGGUAAAGCGUGUUAA